AUGAGGGUCUUCGGUCGACGUCCCAGCAUGGUCGCUUUGAAGGACGACGACAACUCCACCAGCCGCACACGCUUGGAUGACUCGUCGUCCGACGCCCAGCUACCAUCGGUGGUCACUAUUACCCGAAGUUACCGGCGUUUCCUGCCCGUCAUUUCCGGUCCGUUCACCGCCGCGUCCGAGCUGCAGCGUCGGCACCCAGGCCUGCUUCCGUGCGUCAUGUGCAUGACCGUCGCCUGCGUUGGGUUGGCGCUCGCGAUGGUGCUCAUGCGCCAGCAGGUCCAGCUGGACGCCACGCUUCUCUCGUCCGCCAAAGUCUGCGGCACCAAGGACUGCCGCGAACAGGCCUCCCGGAUCGCCAUGAACAUCGACGCCAAGCGGAACCCUUGCGAAGACCUGUACGCCUACACGUGUGGUGGCGCCAAAGCUUCAGACUCGAAGAGGAGCUUGAUGUCAUCGUACGUAGAAAGCGUGAAGGGCUUCAUUCAACGCGGCCUGGUUCCUGAGGAGCGUAACAGUUCUGGCGCCGCGCACAUGGCCUAUUCCGCCUUCAACGCUUGUCUCUCGAGGUCCGCGGGAGGUCUCGACACCGUCAAGUCGUUCGCGGAGUUCAUGAGUGCCCGGAAGAUACCCUGGCCUUCAAGCGCGCCCCAAGACGCAGACCCGCUGGACGUCCUCGUCGACCUGGCUGUAAACUGGAGGGUGCCGCUGCUCUUCGACGUGCGACUACUGUACACCGAGCGCGAGAACCCACUGGUGGUCGCCUUCGAAGGGAUUGGCGAUGUCACCCUUCUGCGCAUGGAGCAGCUGUCCGACAGCAACCUGAGCGUCGGUGAAUACGACAACCUCCUGCGCAGCGUGGCAGGCUACCUCCGCGAAGGGGCAGUGCUUUCUGACGAAGCCUGUCGCCAGCUUCGACAGGACGAGGGUUCGGUCAGGAACAACGUGACGCCGAUCGCGUGGUCCGAGGAAGAGGAAGUCGACGUUUUCGUAGCUUACCUCAACGAUAGCGUAUCGGAGAUGGGCCCGACCUGGCUGACCCUCUUGCAGCGUCACCUGGGCCGAGACGUCAACUUGUCGCCCUCGACCAAGCUCCUGGCUCACAGCGGGCGACACUUCCACGCAGUCUUGACCCUGCUGGACUCGGUGCCCCGUGACAGACUACUGAACGUCAUCGGCUGGACGUUCGCUUACUCCUAUUUGUGGCUCGUCAACCCAGACUUGAACCACUUUCAACCCGGCAAGGAGAGCGACGUCUUCGACGUGCAGGCAGCCUGCUUUCUGGCCAUCCAGGAGUCGUACGGCAUGCUACUGGUGGCACCCCAAUUCCUAGCCUACUUCCAUCAGCAGGACAACAGGCAACGCCUCUUCGACCUGUUGAACGAAACAACGCAGGCCUUGGCGCGAGCCGUGUUGGCGUCGCGUAGCCUGGCGAACGUGACCAAGAACUGGGCAGUCGAGAAGAUCCUGCAGAGUACCAGGCGUCAGCUGUGGCCACCCGAGCCAUUCUUUCACGCAGAACUGCUGGACGAACUGUACGAGGGAUUCCCCGCUGCAGUGACGACCUCGCCCGGUUUGUUCAAGUCCCUGUUCGAGGCGCGGAGGGCCGCGCGCCGAAUAUUGAAGAACAGCUACUACAGCCGCCUGCUGACGGGGAGUGUACAGUGGCCCGCUAAAGAGGUGCGGUACUGGUACAGCGGCGACUUGCUGCAAGUCAGUCUGUCGGCACUCUUCCCGCCUUCCUAUUACCAUGACGACGCGGGCGUGUCGGCCUACAGCGGCCUGGGCUUCCAGAUUGCCAGGGCGCUGGUCAGAACGGUGGAUGAGCACGGCCGCACCACGGACGACACCGCGAAGCACGAAUGGAAGCAGGUCGCGAAGUGUCGCCUGGACUCGACCAACACGAGUCGCGAAAGGGACGCCGUGGUUCGCCUGUUCGCCUUGAACGUCGCCUUGGAGGCACUCAGGAGCAACACCAAAAACCAGCUUGAAGGGCUCGAGGGUCUCGAGCAGCUGACGGGUCUACAGACGUUUUACGUCAGCUUUUGCAGCAAAUUUUGUGGUCAUCGUCGCGGCUCGGAGCUAUGUAGUGUGGCCAUGAACGCGAGCGAAUUUGGCGACGCCUUUGAGUGCCCAGUGGUGCCGUCGGCCAGUAAAGACCGACGGUGUCUUGUCGUUUGA